CGCCACUCGACGCCUGCACCGAACGGGAGGUAGCUCUGCGAGCACACGGCUUUUUCAAAAUUUCACCCUCGCCAAGAAGAGUUUCGAGGACGAAUUUUAAAGACAACUCUCGGUGAUCGCAAAUUUGCUGCAUCCAGAUUUUUUUUUUUUUUUUUUUUUUAAUCUCGUUUCUCGAAUCAUUUUCCUCCUUUCUUCGUAAAUUGAGAACGAUUAUCGAGGAACGAUGAAACGUCGCGGGAUCGUUCUGGAUCCGGUGUAAGCGUCUAAAGAAGGGUGGUAUCGGCGAUAUCGAUCGGGAGAUCGAUCGAUCGGAUCGCGCAAAACCGGGCCGAGCGGAAGUGCCUCUUCCGGUCGGCGCGAAUUUCGGCGGAGCAAUCGCGCCCGAUAUCGCUCUCGUGACGGGAAGAUCAAAAGGGGGGCGCUCUGCGACAUUUGUUGGAUUGCCGGCAUGGUGUUUCGCGCGUUGUAAAAUUGCACGCGCGACCGAAAGCGGCGCGGUUCGUGAAAGUGCGCUCGGCGGUGGCGUCGGACAGGUGCGAGGAUAGUGACAGAGGAGACAUAAAGACAGUAGGAAGAAAGAAAGAAGAGCGAGCGAGCGAGCAAUUUUAUUGUUCCUAAAAGAUCGAUCGAGAAUGUUGAUACGAUCCAAGUGGUAAAGGGAAAAGAACGCGAGAUAUGUCAUUUGUAGUGUAAUAUUUAAUUAAACAUUUAAAAACAAAUAAGAAUUGAAAAAAAAACGAAUAGACGCAUCGUAAUAAUUAAUUGUCGAAAUAUAACGGACAAAUAUAUAAAGUAGUUACGUUUAACGUGCGACGGAGAGAAAGUGACAUUUAUCCGAUCGUUUUGGAAGAGACCGAGAGGAAGGGAGAAAGCAGACGACGAGUGGGCCCGAAACAGGUCUCCGCGACACGUGACACGGACAAAAAUUGGCCGGCUGCAGGAAAAGAUCGGUGCGAUCGGGAAAGGAAGGGCGUGCGCGAGUGUGACACAUUCGGGUUCGCUUCUCUUCGCUCUUCGUUUCCUUUUUUUUUUUCUCGGUUAUUCCGUGAGAAAGUGCCCGACGUUCGCAGCAGAAAGAGGAGCACGCGGAUUACUCUAGGCACAGGGAGAAGAGAAAUUUCGCGAACGUGACGGGUGUGAAAAGAAGAGGAAGGAGGAGAAGGGAAAGGACCGCGUAAACACGUGCAUGCGUGAGGAGACGCGAUAAAUUGAUAUUGCUUUAUCGGAUAUCACACAACAAGAACGCGAGAGAGAGAGAGAGAGAGAGGGACAACGGAUCCGCGCUUCCCGGACGAAUACAAACGUGACUGAUCCGAUGCUUCCAAAGAAGGACAGGUGACAAGCAAAAGAUCCACACACAGACAAGCAUCUCUGAGAAUAUCCGAAACACUCUCUGAAGAAGCUUUGUCAGGAACACAAAAAAGAUGUUGAGCCAACGACGAAGGCAUUCUCGAUGGAGAAUGUCCCUCAUCUUCGUGGCGUUUCUCGGACUGACCUGCAACGGCGAAUUGGCACCCGCCAAUGUACCUGAAUCAUCGUCGUCGGCGCCCACCGCCAAAAGAAAACCACAGGACAUUGGCUCUCUGAGCGACUUCUCCUGGCAAGCGUGGCUCCUAGUGGACGCGCAGAAUAACUUUCAACAUGGCAUGGACUCCGCCACUCUUCUGCGAAGGAUAACACCCAAAAGCGUGUUCAUCGCGCCGGCGUUGCCCGCCUGCGCUGAGGGUUAUCGCGCGGAUACCAUGGGCAGGUGCGUGAAAAGUGUUAACAUUGACGAAAACGCGCACAUCAGCUUCCUUUUGCAGCGGCUCAACGCCAUGUACGGUAGUCCACAAACCUCCGGAAAUAAGAACGAUCAAAGGAAGUCAAGUGGUCCAUUACAACUUAAUAUCCCUCUGAUACCUUCUAACCCUAAGCCUUCGUCGACGAAAAUCGAGCUCGAGGAAACAUUCUCGAUGAAGAAUCCGGUCGUGGUGCCGUCUCGUAAUAAAACUCAACCGGAUGAUGAAGAUAAGGCGAGGCCGCAUGAGGUCGCAAUAGCGAGCAAAUACGAGAUGAAGAAUGACACGAUGCUAGAACUGGAGGAGACGACGGUUCUUGCUGAGAAUUCCAGUAUUGACGAUGUUAGCAAAAUUCAUCAGAAGGCUGAUGCAGUGGUUCCGAUAGCCGAUUUCAUCGAAGAGGCGAACAACACUAGUUUCUCAGAGGUUGUGGAUUACAAGAUCCCGAUAGAUCUGAAAACUUCAUUGAACAUUUCGAGCGUGACGAGACUCAAUGCGAGCGAAGUUACGAGAAAUGUUCCGAUGGCGGAAAAACCGAUAAACUUCACCGAACUGUCGCCCACACUGAUCUUGCUGAUUCCGUCUACAAAGUUGCCAAGCAUAGCGGAUGAUCUGCCAAUAAUGCAAAACGAAACACAACCACGUGAAACGAAAGACAGCCAUGUGACUGUGCAGAUGUCUAACGUCACCUCGAACGAGACCGCGAAGGAGGUCAUCAUUGUCAAUGUGCCGGAAUCCACGCUUCCGUCUGCGAACAAGUCGGCGGAAGUUCCGUUAAUUGCAAUGGACGAGCAGCGGGAUAACGAGACGGCAUCGGAAAGUUCCAAAUUGAACGAGUCUCACGAAACGGAGUUCGUUUAUGACGAGGAGGAGGAGGAUUCGGAAUACUCGUACAGCACGGAUGUACCGGACGAGGAGGAUUCGGUGGAGCUGGAGAACGAGGAGAUCCUGAGACACGGAGAAGCCGGCAUGACGAUUCCUACACGAAAUAUCGAGCGACUGCAUCGCGAUCAGCAGCAACAGAAUCAAACUACGGAUCAGAAGAAGACACUUGAGGUACGCGAUCAGAUCAUGAUUCGCUUUAACGAUUCCAUGCCUACGGAGGACAAGGACGAGGCGGGCAGCAACGUCUCCAGUGAAGUCAGUAUCAAUGGCGACCUCAUUUUGGAGACUACUCUCUUAGACGUAAACACUGAGAAGGUGCAACUUAGUACCAAAUCGCCGGAUGUAAUUCGAAAGAUUAUAAAGAGCAGCGAUGACGAUUCCAAAGAACCAUCCGACAAAAGUCCUAACACCGAACCGGAAGUUGUAUUUUCUCAAGAAGCUCAUGGCACAACGUUUACCAGCUUGCACGGACGCAAACGAACCGAGCAAUUGACGAAACUCGAUGAUAAGAAGAACGAGGAACUGAUCGCUGCGCCUUCUUCGUCAGAGUCGUUUCUGUACAAUUUUCCCGAGGAAGAUCCAAUAACGGAGAUCCGCAUGAUGGAUAAAGAACAAUCAAUCAUCAAAGAGAGUGCGCUGCAAGAAAAUUCGAAAGAUUUUCAGCUAAAUGUCCCCGCGAAUUUCAAACAGACGACGAUGAAUCUUGGCUCGGCCGAGGACUAUGUGAGGUUUCCUGAUUACGUGAAGCAGCCGCAGCAGGACAGUUACGUGAGGUUCCCGUCCAACGAGGCCAACAGCAUACAUAGCCUGGGCUAUAAGCAGCAUUCGCAUCAUCCCAUAGAUGACAUUGGUCCUCACGACAGCACCAGCACUAAGAGCAGCGUCCCCGUUCGCCAGAAACCGGUCUAUUAUUUGCCGAGCUGGAAGCCGGAGCGACUGCAAACUGAUCACGUCCCGACGAGCGAGAGACAGAAGCAGAGACCGGAUUUGUUGCACUUCUGGAGCAAGAUGCCGCUGGUCAGGGACCCUGACAUCUACCCCGUCGAUCAGGUUCCGAAUGAUGAAGCGGCCGACGACACUCAGAAGCUACCCCGCGACCGAUUCCUCCGGGCGUCGCGAUCGCGGAAGAUGAGUCCCUCUACGCCGGAAAUCCUAUCACUCGAGAACGUCAAUAGAGUGCCCGCACAGAAGCGAAGAACGUCGAUUGGCGGCUAAUUAUCCGUACGUUAUUUUCCUUGAAAGAAAUGUCCAGUAAACUGUUUGGAACUGUGCCAAAUGAUUUGCGAGAAGUAUUCCAAGAUCGCACGAAGUCGCGACAUUUAGAUCGCUGUAGUACGAAAACUUCGAAAAAACACGAUUGACGAGAAAAAUCGUCGAUGGAAAAUAUUUUAUUCCGUAAUAAUUUUAUAGAUCGAUACUGCGUAAAUCGUGUCUAGUAUUUCGUGUUGCGAGUGCCGGAUGCUGCGAAUUGUCUGGAAAGUUUGACGAUCUCAGAAGGAGUGAUCUAGGUUUCUUCCAGCUCACAUGUGGAAAGAAAGCAGUAGAAUUCAACUCGUUAAUAGCGGAGAAGAUUUAGUAAAAACGUACUAAACGAAUGUUAUGAGUCAUAUUGAAUUAUUAUUAAGCUCGAAUGUGGAAAAAUCUUUUCCAUCUUUUUCCAUAGAAAUCAAUAGUUGUAUCGCAACAGUCGCUUCCAACAUAUGAAGAAUGCAUUUUGGUAAUAGCUGCGCAACCGAUAACGAAAUUUAAUAGAGAAAGUAAUAAGAAAAUAACGUGUUAGCGUAAGGCAUAAGAUAUUUAUACAUAAUCCUGAUGACAGAAUUUUCGCUAUACUAAUGAACUUUUUACGGAAACUGAACUACAUCGUCCAUUUAGACAAAGGCAUUUUAGUGCAUCGGGUAUUCUUUGCGAACUCGUUGCAUUUAGCGAUAGUGAGAUAUUGAAUUACAUGAGAAAAAUGCCGCUGCUAUGUCGAAUAACAAAAUCGAAUUGUUGGAACUUUAUAUCGAAUCUUACGAAUCUGACGAAGCUAAUAUUUACGAAACAAGCCAGCCAAACGUAGAUAAGGUCCUAUUAAAAUGCGCUACAAUAGACUAUAUAUAGAAGAGACACGCACUGGUUGAGAUUAUUUUUAAAUUUGUUUACAAGUGACUUUUUAUAUAUAUACAUAUUUUAUCAAUAAUAGAAAUUCAUAACAAUCCACAUUUUCAUUGUAUAUUUGAAUUUGUGUGUGAUAUUUUGGAUCCCUAUAUUUUUUAUUUUUAACUACUAAUAUAGCUAUUUUAAUGAUAUUACAUAUAUAACAAUUGAUUUUUAAUAAAAUUUUAUUUGCGUUGAUGUCACAUUAUUAACUGUUAUUAUUCAUCUGGAAAUUCUAUUACUUUAAUAUGAAGAAUACACUAACUAAAAACAUAUAAUGACAUUUAAUACUAAAUAUGCGACACAAAAGUAUAAAAUAAUAAAUUUGUAGUGCGAAAUAUAUUGCUAAUAAAUAUCAUGCGUUGAAAGAAGUCAUUAAUUCAUGCAAAGUUUCAUGUAAAAUGAUGCUGAAUUUUUAUUCUCUGUAUAGCGGAUGGAUCGUUAUUGGGCUUGUCAGAGUGCUAACACUACUUUCGAGAUAACGAUAUAUAAGCGGCGUUUAACGAGUUCACGAGCGAUAUGUCGAGCUAAUCUACUAAUGGAGGCGUUAUCGAAGCAGACUGAUCUUUAGGGUUAUUAUUGUAGAGUAGAAAAAAAUCAAGAUUUCCGGUCGUACGAAAUCUUGAGAAUCGCGAAUAGUAACGGAAUAAUGUCAUACGCAGCAAUCAAUUUGAUGCACAUCGUUGUAAGAUUUUUCGGAGAAAGAGAUGUAAGAUCGCUUCUCGAUUUUGACAGAUUUUAAGCGAGUCGAUUUUAUAAUUCGCAUAAUGAGUGAGCGUGUUUUUCGACGUCUUAGAUUAUUUUAUGUCGCAAAUCGAUUAUGAAUUACACCUACAUUGUAGCCGACAACGUAGUAUAAGUUUUUUCGGUGUGACUUAAACAAUCGUUCUUUCACGUCGACAGCUUGAAAAGCUAUUUCGCUGGAAACAGCCGCCGAAAACAUCCCGAGUUGACAAGUUUUGAUCAUCUUUGUCAUAUAUUUGCUUUGUCUUUCGAAUUUACAUGCGCAAGAUGAUUGCGCUUCGACGGGAACGUUAUCGACAUCCCGCUAUAAUAAACGCUUCCAGCAACGGUAUACAAUAAGUAAAAACGCGUAAUAAAACUUUUAUUUAUCUAAAUAGUAUUAUACGGUAAUAAUACUAGAGAGAAGAGAAAAAGGAAGAGAGAGACAGAGAGAAAGAAAAAGAGAGAAAGUAUUGAUAUGCAACGUAAUUAUUUAGGUCAAUGGCUGAACCAUUCAGACAAAAAUGUAAUUACAAACUUAAAAAAUUUAAUUUCUUAGUGUUACUUACAAAUU